CAGGUGCACCUUAUCAAAUUGCCAUUCGUGAAGUUGGAGCUUGGGGACGUUGCGGCAGCCCAUAUAAAGUGUACGCCAGAUGGCCGUCAUGACUCUUGUUCACAGUCCUCGAGUCCAUCUGUCUUACCGUCGUAUUGUACCUACUAGCAUUGCACUUGCAUAGCGCCGUCAUUUUCCAGCAUCAUGGAGUCCAUAAAGAGGGUAUUUGCCAAACUUAGGGGGAAGUCGACUAAGAAGACGACUAAUGGAACGACCAAUAUGGCAUCGACAGCGCAAGCACCUGCCCUCGUACGAAAACAGCAACAACAGGUCCUAGCAGCAACAACGCCUGGUACCCUGCAACUCGCUCUUCAGAACAGGACCAAUUCGAAUAAUGUGUUUGCAUACAUCACCGGACUGUCCAUCAACGAUGGAAACAGACCCAUCUUCAUUAAGGCUGAUGGCCGGACUGUCUAUUCCCCUCCUUCACCAAGCCAGCCGCUUGCCAGCGUUGCGGCAGACGUAGCCAUCCCUCUUGGAGCCCCGGGCAACACCGUCACGGCUACGAUCCCCAAGAUUGCUGGAGGGCGAAUUUGGUUCGUAAUCGACGCUCGCCUGACAUUUUUCGUAAACCCAGGCCCCAACAUUGUCAACCCCAGCGUAACCAAUCCAUCCGACCCCAACUACAACCUGAAUUGGACCUUUGCCGAGUUUACCUACAAUGACCAGCAACUCUUCGCCAACAUCUCCUACGUCGACUUCAUCAGCAUACCCGUCGCACUGACCCUCACUACAACCAACAGCGGUACUCUGAGCGUGCCCGGCAUGGGCAUCGACGGCUUCCAGCGCGUGGUUAAUGAAAUGCGUGCUCAAACUGCCCGCGAUGGCAAACCCUGGGACAAGCUGAUCUACGCUCCCAACGGCAAUCCUCUGCGCGUGCUCAACCCAACGAAUCUGCUCGCGCAGAACGGCAAUGCUUGGAGCAAUUACUGGGACGGCUAUGUCACAGCUGUCUGGAACAAGUACCGUAACGAAGACAUGACCAUCAAUACACAAGCGGCCGCUGGCAACAUCACAGGUCGUGUUGUAGGCAACGAGCUUCGACUUGGUGCUGCCGGAUCCUUCUCCCCUCCCUCAAGCUCUGACAUCUUUACGUGCUCCACGGGCCCCUUCCAAACCGGGCAGAACCUCGCGCGCGACGGCGUCAUUCCAAGGCUGGCAGCGGCAUUCAAUCGCAGUCAACUGCUAAACACCCCUGGGAACCAAUUCCCUAAUGGCGGGAACCCGAGUACGUAUUAUCGAGACGUGACGACGAAUCAUUACAGUCGCGCAGUGCACGCUGUGCAGAAGGACGGGAGGGGCUAUGCUUUCCCGUACGAUGAUGUUGUGCCGGAUGGUGGGCGGGACGUUGCAGGAACUUUACAUGCUGGUGAUCCUCAGCUGUUCACUCUCGCCGUGGGAGGGAAUUAGGGUAGGGGCGACAGUGGUGGGCGAUGCUUUGGACAUUGAUGCCCGACUCGUAUCUGCUGGAUGUGCAUCCGCUUGGCAAUUACAAUGAUCAGACUCGCUGUAGCUC